AUGAGCAGGGUAAGUCAGCAAUUCAGCCACAAGGGAAAAGGAAAUCUCCGCGCACCGGGAGGUCGCACAGGUCGUGGCACUGCUGCCGAAAACGAGGAAAAGCAACAACACCCGCGGUCUGCGAAAACAGAGGGGAGAUCUAGAAGGACUCCUGAAGAAUGCAAAGCAUUUUCGAAGUGGUAUGAAACUACCGACACCUCGGAAGGAGCGGCCAACAGGGGGAGCAUGCCAGGCGACGAAGCACAGGCCGCCUCCAGCAAAUACCGAAAGAAAGUCAUGGAGAGAUCGUACACCGUCCAGAGGGGUCUCGAGGAAACCACAGCAGCUCGCUUCCCUACCAAAGGCAGGCGACUCUAA